CGAGGUGAGAGCGCGUGCGAGUGCCGGGCGCCAUGUCCUCCUCCGCGGGGACCGAGUUCCCCCAGGUGAUCGACCUGAACGUUGGCGGAGUGGUAUACACCACCUCGCUCAAGACGCUCCUCAGCAAGCAAGGAUCCACGUUGCACGCCAUGUUCAGCGGCAAAGAGACGUUGGAGGUUGAUGCCAAAGGGAGGUAUUUCUUGGACAGGGAUGGAGUCUUGUUUAGAUAUAUCUUGGAUUAUUUGCGUGAUGGUACCCUGGUGCUUCCAGAUUGUUUUCGAGAGAAGGAACGACUGAAAAAAGAAGCUCAAAAGUACCAACUUCAUAGCUUGGUAGACAUAAUGGUCAACGACAGUAGGUGUAAACCUCCAGGUGUGAUCACAGUAGGAUACAGAGGAAGCUUUCAAUUUGGCAAAGACGGUCUGGCAGAUGUCAAAUUCCGAAAACUCUCAAAGAUUCUGGUCAGUGGCAGAGCUGCACUCUGCAGAGAAGUGUUCGGGGAAACACUUAACGAAAGCAGGGAUCCUGAUCACGGCCAAGCGGAACGUUACACUUCCAGGUUCUUCCUUAAACACUCCUUCCUGGAACAGGCGUUCGAUAUGCUUCAGGAACAAGGCUUCAAAAUGGUUGGUAGUUGUGGAUCGGGAACAGCGGGAGGCGCUGCAGAACCGAAACCAGGCGUGGACGCCGAAGAGAACCGCUGGAGCCACUACAAUGAAUUCGUCUUCGUUAGAGAGUGAUAGUCCCUCUCUCACAUCGUUCUUGUUUUUCUUGGUUGUAUUAUAAGUACAUAUAUCGAAAAAAAAAAGAAAGAAUCAUAUUCUACAAACGAGUGUACAUUUUCUUUUCUACCUGAUCGUUAACUUUAGUGUAAAUCUAUUUACAAAAUAAAAAUC